GGUAAUGCACCUAAGAGGAGAAAAGCUGUUUGUAACUGCACAUAUGAAGAAGAAAAACCGAAAAUGUGCCAUGCUAUCGUCGAUAAAACAUGUGCAGGUCAAAAUAUUUUUUAGCCAAUCUAAUACUUAGUUAAUGUAAUUCGAACACUCUUGGAAGGGUGUUGUACAUAAAAAUUGACGAGUAACACAACUGCAGACGGAUUGAGUAACAUUUGCCGAUAAGCGAAAUAUACCAAAAGAACUGCUUCCCGUGUAGACAUGGCUGAUGCAUUCAGUAGCAGCUCGGAAAUUGCAAUGCUGCGUCAGUUUGACGUCCAAGUAAAGAAACCAACUCCUCUGGACAAGCUUGAUGAAUUUUACCAAGUUAAUAAGACCUGUGACUUCAUUUGUCAGAAUCACUUCGACAAGGUAGCCUUGCAGUUUCCUGAUGACCUCCUGCAUGAAUCCACUGGCGUUGCAGCUGAGAUAGAGAGAACUACUCAAACAAAAGUAUUCAUUCUAGGAGAUACAUCAUAUGGCAGUUGCUGUGUGGACGAGGUGGCAGCAGAGCACGUAGGGGCAGACUGCUUGGUUCAUUAUGGUCACGCCUGCCUGAGCCCCACCAAAAGACUACCUGUCAUGUACAUCUUUGACAGAGGACACCUCGACGUGGACAGGUGUACCUCAGCCUUCACUGAACUGUAUCCUGACACACAAGCCAACAUCCUCCUAUUCUAUGAUGUCAGAUACACACACGCUAUGGAUGACGUGAUGACAAAGUUGAGUGCCGUUUAUCCAAACGUUGUGUUAUCACAAAUCGCAGUGGAAAGCGAGUGUUGGCACAACUACAACAGGACUGAAAGUAAAAGUGAACAAGACACGAAUGAAGAAAGUUACUUUGGAAGAAAGUUUAUUUUGAAGAGGGGACUGAGCAUAAAAGACUUCAAUAUUUUUUACGUCGGUCAAGAAGGAUCAACUUUAAUAAACUUGAUGAUGACCUUGAACCGCUGUUCCUUCACCUCCUUUGACCCCAACACGUCGUCAGGAAGAGUCGAGUCAGCGAAUAUCAAUCGUGCUCUGAUGAAACGUUACUAUGCCAUAGAGCGUGCCAAGGAUGCCAAUGUGGUGGGCAUCUUAGUGGGCACUCUUGGAGUGUCAGACUACUUGUCCAUCCUCCAGCAGUUGAAGGACGUUAUACACGCGGCCAACAAGAAGACGUACGUCUUCGCUAUGGGAAAAAUAAAUGUUGCGAAACUCGCAAACUUUUUGGAAAUUGAUAUUUUUGUUUUGAUCGCUUGUCCUGAAAACUCCUUGUUGGAUUCUGCUGACUUUUAUCGACCUGUGGUGACGCCUUUUGAGAUGGAAAUGGCCUGCAACCCAAACAGGAAGUGGACUGAAGAAUAUGUUACAGACUUUAGACAUCUUCUACCAGGUGGACAAAGUCAUGUACUUUUGUCUGGCGCCCAAGAAGAAGAAACGGAGACAAACAUGUCUUUAAUCACAGGAUCUAUGAGAAGCUGCAAGAUGAACACAGAAGAAGUUAUUUCAGAGAAUUCUUCUCUGGUCCUCAGAAAUCAGACGUUGACUGUUGCUAACACAAACUCAGCAGCAUCUUUUCUGGCCAAUCGCAGUUGGCGAGGAUUAGAGCAGAAGUUGGGAGAAACGCCUGUGAUGAAAGCUGUGACGGGCAGGAAGGGCAUUGCCAUCGCCUACGAAGAUGAAGGAGCAGCUUCAUGAUCACAUUACUGUAAAUGAUUACAUUGCAGUACAUUAUUGUCUCUUUGGACAUUCAGAAAUAUUUUCAUGCUCUGAAUUGGAAAUUAAUAUUUGUAUUUCCUUUUUCACGUGAUUUAUUAUUUUAUAACUUAAAUAUGAAGUAGUUUGAUGAACCCUGUCCAUCAUGUAUGUAAAGAUUCUAAUUACAGAAAUUUGCAACAGCGACCCCAUAUUGUACUGGUGCGAAAAUCCUGUAGAAGGAAAAAAGUUUGAGGGCGCUAUCUGCAAGAGAGGAAAAAAGUACUGCAGUUCUAAAGAUGCUUUUACAAGAUCUAUUUACAUUUUCAUAAAUAUUACAAUAAACAAUAUACUUAUUAGUGGUCCUUAAAAAAAUAGUUUCACAUUCAAAUCAAGAUUCAAAAUUUUAGAUUCAAUAUGUAAAAGUUUUUAAGCCCUCUCUGUACUUACUGCAUGUUUGCAUCAUACAUACAACAGCAGCCAACCUGUUUUGAAAAGGUUUUAUUAUGAUAUAUGUACACAAUACUGUAGAGCGAGAACAGUGUUAAAUUGAGAAUUAACUUGAAUUGUGAGUUGUAAGAUUGAAACCCUAAUAUUAAUGACAGUGAUGGAACUUUAUAUAAAUUAAUACAAGUCACUCACAUUGGAAUCCAAGGUUGCCGCUAAGUGGCAGCAGUGCUCCAAAUGAUCACCAAGCUGUUUGUAUUUAAACUUCAUAAACUUGGUCACUAAAAGAUGUACAUUGUUAUUUUUCUUUUUUAAUAUCAGGUGAUUAUAUAAAGAAUGUCAACAUCUGCAACUCAAGCAAGGUUUUGAACACAAUAGUAUUUCAGCUUGGAGAGGAAUAAAGAAAAGUUAUUUUCUUUAUAUUAUAAUCACAAGUAUUAAGCACUACUUAGACUAAGAAUGCAGAAAAUGAUGAUUUUAUUUAAGUUUCACUUUCCUUUUCUUUGACACACUGCCACCACAACAAUCACAAUGAAGGGAAAAAGUUAUUGGAGCCGCCAAGUCUCAUAUUCACGCACCAAACCACUUAAGUCCAAAUUAAUUUUUUAAAUCAUUUAACACAAUAAAUACUAUCAAAAAUCAA